AUGGAGGUGCGGCAACUCAUCGCACCCAGCUCGUCUUCCAAGACGGGCAACCUGAACUCAGGAUGUACCGCCUUCAACCUGCCUGAAGGAGGCGUCAUCAACAUUCCUGGCCAGGACCCCAUCACACUCACCGCCGACGCGGCAUUCCGACCCAUGUGCGAACAAACCACAUCGCCCAUCAUCAUCGCCAACCCAGGAGUUACCAUGGAAGAGACUUCUGGGUCUUCCGACAUCACUAAUAUCGCAUACUCAGACUUUCGGGAUCCCUUCUACGCCUCCACCUUCCCGCAAUGUUAUGCCCUCGCGGCGACGACCGUCAUCGCCUAUACGUUAGUCAUCAUGCUAUUCAUCACACCAAGAUCUUUCCUCGACGGCGGAGUGGUCAUGCUGGGAAGGAGAAGUUUCACGGAUGGUGGCACCGGCGGCACCAAUAUAGGAGGUCGUCCUUGGCUCCAGAAGGUGGCUGCCCUGUUUGUCGCCAUUUCCCUGACCAUCGCCACCGUCGACACGUUCCGCGUUGCCGAACAACAAUACUCGCAGGGGAUCCAGAACGCCGAAGUGCUGCAGCAGGAAGUCUUGGGAGGCACGGAGCUUAAGGUCAUCCGGAUAAUAUCGGAAGCAUUCCUGUGGCUUGCGCAGGCCCAGACUCUCAUCAGGCUCUUCCCUCGACGCCGGGAAAAGAUCAUUAUCAAGUGGACCGCCUUCGCGCUGAUCGGCCUGGGCGUCAUCUUCGACUCACUCAACAGUUUCCUGUACACCAAUCAAGGAUCUCUCCGACCUCGAUCCUUCACCGACGCCAUCCCCGCCCUCAGCUAUCUAUUUCAGCUGUCACUUGGGGUCCUAUAUGCUGCAUGGGUGAUUUACUACUCCAUGAUGAAGAAGCACUAUGCGUACUAUCAUCCCCAGAUGCGCAACAUGUGCCUGGUCGCCUUGCUUUCAGUCCUGGCCGUCCUGGUCCCUGUUGUCUUCUUCAUACUCGACAUUAGGAAACCGGAUUUCACUGGCUGGGGUGACUAUGUACGCUGGGUUGGAGCUGCCGCAGCCAGCGUGAUUGUGUGGGAGUGGGUGGAGCGGAUAGAGGCCUUGGAAAGAGAAGAGAAGAAGGAUGGAAUUUUGGGACGAGAGGUGUUCGAUGGAGACGAGAUGGUGGGAAUGUCGGCCUCCGAGUUUUCAUGGCCGCGCAAGAGGAGGAACACCAAACGUGAAGAUGACGACGACGCUCCGGACGGCGGGGAGAGUGGACGACCGCAGCAGCGCGAUAAUGCACAAACUGCGGCUUCGAGUAGCAGCCCAUGGCCGAUAGUGUCAUCGCUUGCCAGCCGAUACCGACAGAAGUCGAGGCCGAAGCCUGGGGACGACUCCCAGGCAAAUGGAACCAGCUCGCGUGCUCCAAAUAUCCGCUUUCUGCAGCCACCUCUGUGGCCAUCCCGUCCGCCACCUGCCGUCACUCCAGUCUCGCGAACCGAUACAGCAAGCGCGGCCAGCACCGUCUACGCUGUUCGCUACCACCCUAUGUCCGAGACGUCUGGGACAAAUACCGAACCAUUCCCAGAAACGUACUCAACUCUCCCACCAGUGGUGCCCGAGGUCCAUGAACCUAGCAUUCGUAGGGAGGACCCAGAGAGCCAUCCUGAAGACCACGCGACAAACGUUGAUAGGACAUCUGCUGCUACACCGGAGCCCUCGGUGACGCCCAGUCAAUCUGCCAGCCAAGUCGCUGGCCGCGCCAACCCAUACUCCAAGCCCACCAGCCAGGCUCCCAGCAGCUCGAACAACUACCGCAUACGAGCUCUCAGUCAAGCCAGUCAGCUGUUCCGAAAGCCGUCCAAGUCCAACAUGUCGAACGAAGGAUCCCACAAGGUCAGCGAGCCGAAACCCCAGGAGGCUAGUAACAGCAAUCGCUGGGAUUUCAGAUCACGCUUUGAGGACUUCGCCGCAUCUCAAGCAGACAGACUGCGGGACCGCAUCCGGCCUAACAUGGACACGGAAAACUUACCGGUGACGGUCAUUCCGGCACCACCGCGGCGGGGCACCGGGCUCCAGCAGUUGAGGGAGGAACAGGCUCAGGAAAGCCAACAACGAUUAGCACCUCCUGCGCUGCAACUCCAGACGUCGGGCAGCAACUUCUCUCAGAGAACGUCGCCGCCUGACUCGGGACCAGUCUCACCCAGACUCUGGAGGAGCCACAGCGGCGCGUCUGCUGCGGUGGUUUCGCCUUUGACAUCUGACGAGGCCAGCGGGCCACUACCGAGCGAGCCGCUAUCUCCAGUGGCAGCGGGCAAGAGGCCUGCCUUUGGUCCGAACGACUCGUGA